CAGAUCAGGGGACUUCUUGGUGCAGCACCGGCGCACAGCGCCCCUUGCAGGCGCGCAGACUCAACGGUUGGAGCACGUGGCGGUUUAGAGUUCUUUGGCGACGUCGCUGUUCAGGCUGAGGUCCCCAAGCAUCGAGGAGGAGGCCUCAGUGAGGCAAGAGGAACAAGACGACCGACCGCUCCGACUCACUUUUGGACUUUUUCCCAAGAAUGAAAAUGCUUCUGUUGGGUAUCUGGACACUGCUGGCCUUGAUCUCUUGUCCAGGGUCCACAAAAGAGCUGUUUCAGGUGUCUGUUCAUCCAGACCAGGCCCUGGUAGAGUUUGGACACUCCCUAACCAUCAACUGCAGCACCACCUGCCCAGACCCUGGGCCCAGUGGAAUCGACACCUUCUUAAAGAAAACCCAGCUAAGCAAAGGGUCCCAGUGGAAGGAGUUUCUCCUGGAGGACAUCACAGAGAGCUCUGUGCUGCAGUGUUUCUUCUCUUGUGCAGGGGUGCAGAAGGACACAGCGCUGGCCAUCACCAUGUACCGGCCACCAGAGCAGGUGAUUGUGGACCUGCAGCCUGAGUGGGUGGCCAUGGAUGAGGCCUUCACAGUGAGCUGUCACGUGCCUAGUGUGGCGCCCCUGCAGAGCCUCACCCUUACCCUCCUCCAGGGAGACCAAGAACUGCACAGAAAAGACUUCCUGAGCUUAACUUUGGUAUCCCAAAGAGCUGAGGUCACCGUCAAUGCCAGAGCCCACCGGGAGAAUGACAGGCACAAUUUCUCCUGCCGAGCAGAACUGGAUCUGAGCCCAUAUGGAGGGGGGUUGUUUCAUGGCAGCUCAGCCACCAAGGAACUCCGGAUCUUUGAAUUCUCUCAGAAUCCCCAGAUCUGGGUGCCUUCACUGCUGGAAGCUGGAAAGGCCGAGACUGUGAGCUGUGAGGUGACUAGAGUGUUUCCAGCCCAGGAAGCUGUCUUCCGAAUGUUCCUGGAAGACCAGGAGCUGAGCCCUUUCUCCUCCUGGAAGGAAGAUGCAGCAUGGGCCAGUGCCACCAUUCAGGCCAUGGAGACCGGUGACCGGGAACUGACCUGCCUUGUGUCUCUGGGUCCUGUGGAGCAGAAAACAAGGAAACCAGUGUAUGUCUACAGUUUCCCCCCACCAGUCCUGGAGAUAGAAGAUGCUUACCCUCUGGCAGGGACAGAUGUUAAUGUGACCUGCUCAGGUCAUGAGCUAACAUCACCUAGCCCUACUCUUCGGCUUCAAGGAUCCCUAAACCUCUCUGCCCCUGGGGAGCCUGCCUGGCUUCUGUUUACUGCCAGGGAGGAAGAUGACGGCCGAACUCUGUCCUGCGAGGCCUCUCUGGAGGUGAAGGGCCAGCGGCUGGUCAAAACCACCCAGAGCCAGAUUCAUGUCUUAUACAAGCCAAGAUUUCAGGAGUCCGGCUGCCCUGGCAACCAGAUAUGGGUAGAAGGGAUGGAUCAGAUGCUUGCCUGCAUCCCAGAGGGAAACCCUACCCCGGCUUUGGUGUGUGUCUGGAAUGGGAUGAUCUUUGACCUUGAUGUACCUCAGAAGGUCACCCAGAACCACACAGGAACCUACUGCUGCACAGCGACCAACCCACUAGGCUCCGUCAGCAAAGACAUCGCUGUUGUUGUCCAAGGCCUGCCUGAGGGAAUCAGCUCCUCCACAAUCUUCAUCAUCAUCAUCUUCACCCUGGGCAUGGCUGUGAUCACCAUAGCGUUAUACCUGAACUACCAGCCCUGCCAGAGAAACAGUAGGAAACGGACGCACAGGCAGAAGGAGCAGAGCAAAAGCGAGGAGAGCCAGUUCUCCGAUAUUCAGAUCGAGGAGUGCCACGCGCAUCUCUGCUGACCACAAACAGCUCUCUGCUGGAGUGUGACUUCAGCUACCAGAGUUUACAGGGACGCAAAAGCGGGCGGGCCCAGGGGGAAGGAGGAGACAGUGUGAGGCUUCAUUUCCUUGCAUUCCGUUGUCCCCCAAAACAGGGUUCCAGGGCCCCACGUGGCGUGCAGCCAGUCCAUCUGGAGCUCUGUUCUCUUUUGAGUUUAUUCCAGUUUGUAGACAUUUCAGUCUGACUGUUCCACCUGUGAGGCAUCCUCUCACUCUUACUCUGUAUUUAGUUCAUUCUCAGGCACACAGAAGGUCCUUCCCUUGCCCCUCAUUCCCACCGCCCACCUCUCAAACAGAAACAUCCUGGGGUGCAUUGCUCAGGGAUUCUGGGUGAGUAACUAGGAACUUAUUUCAUAGUUCAGGGACAAGACUUCAUAGGACAGGUAGCAGAUCAACAGGCAGGAAUUAGAACUCUUCCCCUGACCAUGGUCCCCUGCUCCCCAAACGGUGCCCGUUGACAUUAUAAGAGGUGCUGGCUGGUUAGGCUUCACCCUCAUAACUCUGCAAUUUCACUUUGGGACAGUGAAGUCACUUACCUAGUUUUCUAACAAAACAAAAAACCCAGGACUUACUAUGCAGCACAAGAUGACCUCAAACUUGUGAUCCCCCAGCCUCAGCCUCUGAGUGCUGGGAUUACAGGUAUGUAUCAUCACACCCUAACUAACUUUUGGAAGAAAAAGAUAGAGCACUUCCAUGAAAUUGCUCUUAGGGCGCCACACUCUGAAUUCCUUUCUGUUAGAGGUGGAGUCCCAAGUUUACUCUUCCCCUCCACAAGAAUUGCCUGUUUUUGUCAUCGUUGGUGCCACAGAGUCCCACCUGGGAUGGAAGUUCACAACCCCGUGGCAGUGUGCUUAACACACAGAUGGGUCUCUGUUCUGUCACCGGAAUUCUCUGUGACUGGUUCACCCAAUGCAGUAACAGCUCAGCCUCCUUCACCGUCCUUUGGAAGGACUGUGUCUGCCUAGGUGAUGGCUUGAAGAAAAUCCAGAGCUGUCAUGAAAUGUCUACGGAGACAUUAGCUGUGGCAAAAUAAAACAGGCUUUGUGAAUAUGA